AUGGCUUCGCUGAGGCAGGAGCUCCGUUACGGGCUCCGCUGCGGGACCAACAGAACCGGGCCCAACAGGACGCUGUACCACGUCAAGCUCACGGACACGGCCAUCAGGGCGCUGGAGGCGUACCAAAAACUCAAGAUCUCUUUACCAAGUGAGCCAUCCAUUUGUUUCGAAGGAAACCAAGGGUACAUCAAGAUCCCAGCUCCCACGCCGGAGUCGCCCACCGCUCUUCGCGUCUUUUCCUUCUACUUGUCCAGCGACAGCAAAGACCAACCUCAAGCCAGCUUCGACUGCAUCCACCAAUAUGUCGCGAGUGACGGCCGCGAGCAGCUGGAAGGUCAAGGCAUCAUCCAGGACAAGAUCACGGUGUGCGCCACCGACGACUCGUACCAGAUGACCCGCGAGAGGAUGUCUCGGGUGGAGAAGGACAGCUGGAGCCGCUCCGCCAUCGAGAUCAAACCCGGAGCCACGCAUCCGACUAAAUGUGUCAAACUCCACAAGAGGCCGGCCCCGCCGUCUGCAUCAGACGGCAGCUUCCAUAAGCAGUCGGCCACCAACAACAACAACAACAACAACAACAACAACAAGAAGAUGGCCGCGCCGACCCAGAAGCCCUUGCGGGAGCGCAUCGUGCACCUCCUCGCUCUCAAGCCCUACAGGAAGCCGGAGCUGCUGCUGUGGCUGGAGAGAGAGAGAGCCGGGCCGAGGGACAAGGCCGAGCUGGGCGCCACGCUGGAGGAGGUGGCCAAAGUGAAUCCCAAAGACAGCAGCUACCUGCUGAGGGACGACUUCUACAAGCAUGUGCAGAGGGACUGGCCCGGGUACAGCGAGGAGGAGAGGCAGCAGAUCAGCAGGCUGCUGGCCAGGAAGUUGCAGCCGCUCAUCGGCCACCAAUCGAAGAAUCUUUCAGAAAAUGUGUCGACACCGAAGACCUCGGAGGAAACGGCGCUGCAUCACAGCACAGCAAAAAACACUGCGGUGAAACGUCCCGUGCCUUUCGACUCACUGGACAGGCUGACCGUCAAGAGACAGAGAUGUGCGGACCAGAGGUUGCAACAGCAGCCCGGAGUCAACGGCCCGCCGGACCACAAAGGACACGACGACAUCGCGGCCCCGACGCUCAACGCCAGCUUCCACACAAAGACUGAGUUCCAACGGACGAGUAACCAAAGCGGCUCGCCGGGGGGCCACGGGGGCCACGGGGGCCACGUCGGCCACGUCGGCUUUCCCGUGACGCACAAACUGUCCGGCGCCUCCGACGCACCCGUCUCGGAGAGCGGAGACCAAGAGCCCAAAGGAAGCAGCGACCAGACCCCUCGGGGGGCCCCCGACUGCGCUCGCCAGCAGCAGCAGCUCGCCAUCAGUCAGCACAGGAAGAAGAAAUCCAAAAAGCACAAAGACAAGGAGCGGGAGAGGUUAAAAGACAACAAGGGCAGCGAAUGGUUCGAGACGAGUCCCGACCUCAAGCGGAGCCUCGACAAACUUGACAAUCCCGACAUCACGAAUGCUGAGGCCUCUGAGGAGAAGCCCGAUUAUGUGAAAACAUAUGGCGCCAUCAUGAGUUUGGAGCAACGUGGGCGGUACCAGGAGGACUUCUGUGCAGAGUAUGACGAAUACAAAGACCUCCACUCCAGGAUCGCCACCAUAACUCACAUGUUUGUGCAGCUGGGCUCCAAAAUGAAAAGCUUGCCCCCCGGCACACGACAAUAUAAGAUAAUGGAAGAACAAAUACUUGAAAAGUACAACAAGUAUCGAAAGAAGUUCCCAGGCUACCGGGAAGAGAAGAAACGCUGCGAAUACCUCCACGAGAAACUGUCCUCCAUCAAACAGCUGAUCAUGGACUACGACGUCUCUCGGGCUUCUUCAUAGCAUCGGCUCUCCCUCUUUUUUUUAUCAGAUUGCUUUUUAUGGAACGCUCUUUAAAAUCGCCCGAAUGUUUGUUUUUUGCCCAGGUUGUUCAAACCAGUGUCAGUGUCGGCCAUUUUAAUGGAAAUAUGUAAGAGGGAAAGCAAAUAUGACUUUAAUUGACUUUGUUUUUGACGUUUGUUGUCAAACAUUGCCCGAGGCAGUGUUCUCCUGUCCAUUUUUUUUAAUAGAUUGAAAGACAUUUUAAAUUCCAUAUCAAAGUUGUCUCAUUCAUUCGAUUUGAAGCGGCCCAGUGCAACAACAACAAAAAAUAAUUUUAUUUCAGGUCUUAUUAUAUAAACGUUGUGAGAUAAUUCGACUUGAACCCUUAAAUGUUUCAGGCGGGGUUUUCUGGAAGCAAAAAAAAGUUUAAAGCCGUUUCAGGAUACUGAAACUUGAUUUUUAAUAAAAAAAACCUUUAAAAGAAAAAAAUUGAAAACAAUUUUUGUAUCGGAAACAAGAAAAAAUCAUUUUACUCCAUGGUAGAAAAAAUUAUUUGUAGGUUAUGUAUAAAGUGUUUUUGCAAUACAAGCAGUAAGGGGGGGUCGUACUUUCCACCUGAAUUCAUCUGAUAUAGAUUUCUCUAAUUCUUGAUAAUAAAAUACAGCGAAAAAAUGGUUUAAGAUUUAGUUGAUGCUAUCUCCCAAAUGCACUUGUGUUUUAAAGUAUUUAUUCACCACUCCCCUUUCUUUUGAGUGACGGGUAAAGGGACCAACAUGGUCGGCCUUGAUGGCUGUUGUACUAUAUGUGAAGAAAGACGAUUUCCCUCCUCAAAGACAUUCAUGACGUUGUUUAUCGGGCCCUAAUUCUAGUUUACAGUAUUCCAACCCACUGGGUGUCUUUCUCUCUCUUUUUUCAUCUUCCUUUUAGAACUACUGAUGUAUUUAUUUAUAAGCCACCUGCCUUUAUUCUGUGCUGUUUGUCUCAUUAGAUCAAAGCGCUGUUCCAAGUAGCUGGAUUGGAGAUCGUGAGCAGAUCAGAAGGUUUUUACCAACAUGUUGCGUAACCGUGUCGCCUGAAUGGGAUUAUCAUGAAAGAGUUGUGGUACUACGUCAAACACUUGAGGUUUUUAAUCCUUCAGUUUCCAGUUAAUUAUCAUCGCCCAUUCAUUAUAUAUAUUUUUUUUAAUUGCACUUAACCCAGACAGACUAUUUAAAAAAAUAUUCAUGCAGAUUGUAAUCGUCCAGAAUGUUAUCACGCAUUCAAAUGACAUGGAAGCCUUAUUAAUAUUACACUUUUAUAGAAAAAAAUCUAAAAAACUGCCAAUAUCAACAAGAAGUCAUCAUCCACACACAUCUGUUGUCUGCCUUAUAUUAGCUGUAACAUUUAAACUUGUUUUUAGGCAUUUCUCUGUUCAAAUGAAUGCCGACAGUGGCUUUCCCACACGUUUCAUAAUGUAAUUAAAUAAAAAAUAAAGAAGUGUAAUGCACAGUUUGAUUGGCUAUGACAUCAUUGCGCCUUCUUUCGUUGCAUUUGUAAACCUUCUCUGUUUUUUUUAAAUCAUCAUUGAGAUGUGGUUUCAUUGUGAAUACCACUUCCUGUUGACAGCUCCGAGCACAUGGAGAAGUUUGAUUGGUCGAUCGUCUCCAGAGGGAGUUUCUACUAUAUAUUUCAAGCACACACAAAAAAAGCAUUGUAAAAAAUAUUCAAUUCAAAUCAUGUAGUGGGUGGGAAUUAUUACAAGGUUUUCAGAGAGGAGACGGUUAUAAUGGCAUCAAGUGGUUGAUUUUGGAAGACCAUAAUUAUCUGUGGGUUAUUGAGCUUGAUGGAGACCUAUCUGUGGGAUAUGCGUGUUGGAUAAAUUAAUUACUGGUCUUGAAGAGGGAAUAUUUUGUUUCCAAAAGCAUUACAUUAAGUGUAUCUAUCUGUGCAAGUCUUAAUCACAAGCUACAAGAAAAAAAAAAGAAAAAAAAUCAUGAAGUGUUUUUUGGACUGGAGAUAUUUUAUUUAUGAGGCACCAGCACAGUCGGUGUUUUUUGUUGUUUUUGUACUACGUACCUGCUGAAGGCCUCGUGUUCGUCACAGAGGAGUCUGAUGAAAAGAGUAUAUGUUUUAUGAACUGCAUUUUACAGACGUGUAUACCUCCUUUUCCUGUGAAUAAAAACAUCAAAGUGA